UGCACCGACGCGCUCGUCAACGCUUACAACAUGGCGAUAGAACAUCACCGCUCGUUUAAGUAAAAGUUUAGCUUUUUUUUUUUCGUGGUAGCGGCGGAGGUUAACAACGUCGUCUGGGAAAAUGUCAUCUUUAGCAAAUUCCCGUCAGUUUAGCGAGAAAACUCUUCACAGCGGUCACACGGAAGAAGAUGGUGACGAGCACGAUAGUGACUGUGAAUCUGCAUCGAGUUACUGCAGCUCCGACUACUCUGAUGACUUGGAACCAGAAUGGCUGGAUGACAUCCAGAAGAAUGGCGAGCUUUUCUACCUGGAGCUGAGUGAGGGCGAAGAGGAGGCUGCGUUGGCCCAAGCCGCCGCCAAUCAAGGUGUAUCCACUAAUCAUGUCCGCUUUAGCGAAAAGGAGGCAGAGAUUAUCACGGAGCAAAACAAGAAGCAGAGAUGCGGAUCACGCGCGAAAGGUGAGCCCACGCUGAAAAGGCUGGCCAGGAUCCUGAGGAGAAAACGUCGGCCGUCUCAGCGCAGAGGAGGAGGGAAGGAUGCGGGUAAAGACAACUUAUCGUCACCUCUGGCGUCCAUUCUGAAGAACCAGCCAGGUCAAAGGCAGGGUGUGACGGUUCAGCCACAGCAGCUGAAGGAAGUGUGUGUCUACCUCAACCCUAAACGUCUUGCAGGUCCGUCAUCACCUCUCUCUGACAGAGGAGGCCUGCUGGAGGCACUGCUGGGGGUGGUGCAUCGCUCCUCUCGGAACAGAGUACAGGGGGACCCUUCGGUGGUCAGACAGGAGGAAAGACUGACUGUUCACGGAUUAAUACCCAACAGCCCCGCAAUCAAAUGUGGUCAAAUCCUAAUUGGUGAUGUGCUUGUAGCAGUGGAUGAUGUGGAUGUGACUUCUGAAAACAUUGAGAGGGUUCUGUCAUGCAUCCCAGGACCGACACAGGUGAGGCUAACCUUGGAGACAGUGGCUCUGGUGGACGACAGCACUGCAAACGACACUUUGUCGGUCCGCAAGAUAAAGACUUCUCCACCGGUCAGCCAGCUAGUGCGUUUGUUGUGGGGGGAGGACACAGCCGAACUUCAGAUGUCCAUAGGACACAUCCCGCAUAUCGUCAUGUACCUCUCACUUAAACUGGACUCAGCAUCACCACAGGAGGAGGAGGAGAUCUUGUACCAGUACCCAGUGUCUGAAGCAUCCAGCCAGCUGAAAGGAGUGAGGGGGAUUUUCCUUACCCUGUGUGACAUGCUGGAGAAUGUCACAGGAGGGCGGAUCAUCAGUUCCUCUCUCCUGCUCGGGAAACAUCUGGUCCAUGUGGGCUACUGGAAGGAAAGCAACAACCUGUUGGUCAUCGGUCUGCCUGCUGAGAGGGUUCCUCUGCUGUGUCUGCAGACGGUGGUGGGAGACGUGGUCCGGACUCUAAAAGUGAUGUACGGCUCCUUAGAAAGUGCCUUCUGCAAAGUGGACCACGGUCCCCGGCUGGACCAUUUCUUCUGCCUCUUCUUCCAGCAGCUCAUCCAGCCAUCGCGGUUGAGGGACGGCUCCUCAGCCCCGCCCCCCGACGUCUCAGGGACACUUUUCCUCGACGGACUGCCGGCGGUCCGAUGGCUCACGCUGCCUCCAGAAAUCAAGAUGGAGGUGGACACUGUUCUCUCCGAUUUCGAGUCUUCUGAUUUUGGAGAAAUGUCUGAGGACUUUUUUGGCCUGAGGCGUCUGUAUGUAAUUCUUGGCUCCUGUUUGUUCUACAAGUCCUACCUGAUCGCCAACCAUCUGCCCAAAGAAGACCUGCUGGACGUGUGCCUGUACUGCCAGCACUACUGCCUGCUGCCGCUGGCGUCCGAGCAGCGGGUGGGUCAGCUGGUCAUCUGGAGGGAGGUGUUUCCCCAGCAGAGAGCUGGCGGCGGCGGCGGCGGCAGCACAGUGCCCGGCUACAGCCAGCCUCAAGGACGACACUUUCUCCUCAUAGUGGGGCUGAGGCACUUCAUGCAGUGCGUGCUGUUGGAAGCAGGAGGUUGUGCCUCACCAGCUUUGGGCUCUCCAGGACCUGAUUGUGUUUACAUAGAUCAGGUGAAGGCCACCUUGCUGCAGCUGGAGGUGUUAGAGGCAGGUAUAGAGGAGCGUCUGAACGCUCCGCCUGCUCCCUGCCUGUCCUGUGCAGACUGGUUCCUUCCUGCCGCCACGGCCCGCGACCGCCUCGACAGCCUGGCCUCUUCUUCCCCCGUCCUCAGCAAGCUAGCCGGAGCGGUUAAAGGCUCCUCCACGGGCUCCAGAGGCCGCAGCCUGUUUGGGGACAAGGCCCGGAGGUCCAGCCCCCAGAGGAGCCUGUCGGACAGCGGGAGUGAGGGGCAGAUGGAUGGGUCUGGGUCAGGGUCUGGAUCAUCAAUGGCUCCAGGCCUCAGUCCACAUUCCACACCGGACUCAGCGAGAAAGCUGGGAGUGCGACGGGACUCGAUGGGGUCUGGAGGGUCUGAUGGGAGUGGAGGCAGUGGAGGCCUCUUCAAGAUUCCCAGGAUGAAGCACCCAAACCCAUUCUACCUGGGCACCCUGAAGAAGACUCUGACUGAGAGGGAGACAGAGGAGAUGUAUAACACUAUGAAACUGACCUCAGGUGCAGAGAACACCUUGUUCCAUUAUGUCAUGAUGGAAACAGUUCAGGGAAUCUUCAUCGCUCCUACUCACAGAGAAGUGGCUCAGCUCAGCGGCUCCAUUCACCCUCAGCUCAUACGCAACUUCUACCACUGCUGCCUCUCCAUACGUGCUGCAUUUCAGCAGAGCCUCCCAGCCAGGGGUCGCCGGGCUGCAGACAGGCCUCAGGGCGGUGGUUGGGGUCUGGGUCCAGUCAAGGAACACGGGGUUCUGUUCCAGUGUAAACCUGAGAACUGGACCGACCAGAGGAAACCUCCUCCCACCAUGACCUACUGGGUCAUAGGACGGAUGCUGCUCGAGCCCGUCCCUCAGGAAUUCUACGUGUGUUUCCAUGACUCUGUGGCAGAGGUUCCUGUAGAGAUGGCUUUCAGACUCUCCUUCGGCCUGGCCUUGUGAUUGAUGAUGGGACACACAAACCACAAUUCUCAGGAAAACUUUUUACGCUUGUUGGAAAGCACCUGAGAGAAAAAAAAAUGUGGGGAUUUUAUGCUUGUUGUCCCAGUUCCUCUGGGGUGAUGUAAAAGACAGCUAAGCAGAGUCUGAAUCUUAUAGUGUGCCUCAGGUUUUCUGCAGAUUAUGACGCAGCCUUGAGGCAGUGAUAAGCAAAUAGAAGAUUCAAACUGG